AAUAGGCAAAAACAAACCUUAGGCAACGUUUUCUUUCACUCGAGUGAGUGAAUUCACGCUAUGCUUCUUCUUCAUCAUCUUGUUCCUCCAAACUGAGAAACAGAAACAACAUAGUAACAACAAUAAUGAAAACAAACACAGAAACAGAUGCAACAACAACCUCGUCAUCAUCACCAUGUCUUCAAAACAUCAUAGAUCAUCAUCUUCCUCUUCGUCUUCUCAGAUCCGAUAUAGUAACACCUGCUCCUACUUUCUCCAAUUCAACAAUCGAUUUUCUCCCUCACUUUGCAGGUUACUCAUGGAUCGCUUAUGGAGCUUCUUCAAUUCUCACCAUUACCCAUUUCCCUUCUCCUCUUUCAUCUCAUCAAACUCGCAUCGGUCCUAUUUUUCGUCAAUUUUUUGAACUCUCCGAUAAUCAUUCUUCACCUGUUUCCUCUGUUUCUUGGUCCCCCCAAAUUCCUUCUUCUGGUUAUCUUGCUGCUUCUGCUCAAAAUUGCAUCUGGGUUUUUCACCAUGAUUCUCUUGCGUCCAAAGGUUCUUUUUGUUGGAGCCAGAAUGCAGUGCUUGUACAACGUACAAAAGUGGAGACCAUCAGAUGGACAGGAUCAGGGGAUGGAAUUAUUUCUGGUGGAAUGGAGGUAGUUUUCUGGAAAAAGAGUAACAGAUGUUGGGAAAUCGCGUGGAAGUUUAAUGCAGAUCAGCCGCAAACACUCGUAAGUGCAACCUGGUCUAUUAGUGGCCCUUCAGCAACUGCUGCACGUCCUAGUAAAGAACAGAUUGAAGGGUCGUUAAUCAGUCAGGGAAGCAAAUGUGUGUUAGUAUGUCAAAGCAAUGGACUAUCUGAAUAUUCAAAAGUCAAACUACAGCAUCCUUUACCUAUUGUGACAAUUCAAUGGAGACCAUCGAGUGGAAAACUAUCAAACCGAUAUGGUAGGUAUUCAAAAAGGAAUGUGUUACUGACAUGCUGCUUAGACGGAACUGCAAGGUUAUGGAGUGAGAUUGAUAAUGGAAAGGCCAAGAGGGUCGGGAAGAACACGGGGUGCUCUUUUUGUGUUAUUGCUGUUAUUGAGAUUAGUCAGUGUUUAAAUGGAACUCUUGGUUCAGAUAUAUUUGUGACAUGGGGGACAGAAACUGAGGGGUUAGUUAGAAGAGGUGAAGGAGACAAACUGAAUUUUUCAAAAGAAGGAUUUGAGCAUGAUGUUAGAAAAUGUGACUGGUUAGUUGGAUUUGGUCCUGGAUUGUUGCUUAGCUUUUGGGCUGUCCACUGUCUUGAUGAUGUUUCUCCACUGAGAUUCCCCCGAGUUACAUUAUGGAGGAAACAUGAACUCCAAAGCCAUGACAUAGGAAACAUUUAUAAGUUUGACUCGUCUGAUUUUAAAAACGCAUUGCUUCUGCAUAAAGUCAUUAUAUCAAGAAACUCCUUGUCUGGUCCACCGAGUAUAUGCUCACCACUUCAGCUUUUACCUUGUAAUUCCUUAGUUUGGUCAUUUUUCAAUUUUCAAGAAAUACGCGAUGCUGUUGAGAGCUCCCUUGAUAAUGGUAAAACAGAUAAAAUCUCCUCCCAUUUGACUGGUGGGUCAUUAAACCUAGAUGGACAUAGUGAGAAAAUAUUAAAGGUUUCAAUUCAUCCUUAUACUUGCGAAGCUCAAGUUGCUGCUUCUCUUGAUUCUAAUGGACUGCUUCUUUUUUGGUCACUUUCUAAUAUUUCAAACUCUAUUUUGGGAUGUCCAACGUUGGUUCCUACCUGGGAACUCUGUGGAAAGCUUGCAACUAAACACUCAUGCUCGAUGUAUACUAGCUUGACAUGGGCACCUUCAAUACUUGAUGAGCAACUGGUAUUUUUUAUGGGACAUACCAGGGGGGUUGAUUGCUUCAUAGUCAAUAUAAGUCGAACUGAAGAAGAAAACAUGGAAUGUCACUACUUAUGCACUAUUCCCUUCACUGGUCAUGGUCCCUAUGAGGAUGGCCCACACGAUAUAUUUGCAAAUCCUUUGAAUUCUACUUGUAAUAAAACAUUUCGUAACAAUAAACUUAUGCUGUUAGCAAUUUGGACGGGGAGAUUUCAGGCCCUAUCCUGGGAAGUUAACUUGCACUCUUUUGACAUGUCAACAAGCUGUUGUGAAUGCAACUUUGAUGCUAAAAGCCUUGAUGAGAACAGCGUUUGGGCAUUUGAAAGUACAUUUGCUAGUAAAAGAUAUUGCAUUACUGUAAUUCCAUGUUCGUCCAAGUUUCCGAAUUCCAAUGAUGUGGUUACUAGUUUUGCAGUGGCGGAUCCUGGCACCCCGAGUCACAACCAAGAGUUUGGCUUUGCAAAUGAUCUUUGUAGUAGCUGUCCUACAUAUAUCAUGGCCACAGGCUGCUCUGAUGGUAGCUUGAAACUUUGGAAAACUAACCGUGGCAAUCCGUUGACCCUGCACUUGCCAUGGGAGCUUGUGGGUAUGUUUAUUGCACAUAAUGGUCCUGUCAAGGGUAUAUGUUUCACUGAUUGUGGUCAGAAAGUUGCUACGUUCUGUAAUGAAAAUGAUUCAAGUGCUGUCAAUACCAUCCAUAUAUGGGACGCUGUAAAUCUGAUCAUAUCGGGGACUUUUAUUUUAGAAGAUACGUUGAUGGUUGAAAGCGAUGUUAUUACUCUCAAGUGGCUAAAUUUAGGGACUGGUGAGUUAUUGCUUGGAGUUUGUUUGCAAAAUGAAUUGCAAGUAUAUGCUCAGAAACGUUACGCCGGUCUGUCAUGGUCAAACUCAGUAAAUUUUCCAAAAUUGAAUGUAUGGUCUCACAUUGCAUUUGCUCGCACUUCCCUUCCAAUAAAUGAUUUCUUAUGGGGACCGAGAGCUGCUGCAGUGGUAGUUCAUGGAAACUACUUCAGUAUAUUUAGUCAUUGGUUGUUCCAUGUGGAUAAAAUGCAAAGGAGUAAUUUUCGUUCUCAUAACUCAGAUCCAAUAGCCUAUAAUUGCAAGGGUGAAACAUCUGAAGACAUAAGUUCUGCAAUUUUUACUGAUUGCGACAUUGGUGCUUCAGGAGAGCUUUCAAUUGGAGACAGUCAUGCAGAUUGUGAUUCCAAGCUGUCCAUCACAAAUAACGUGAAGGACAAUAACCUAUCCAGUAGCUUGUUUCUUGCCAAGGAACAAUUAAAAUAUGAACUCCAUAGCAAGGUUGGUUUGUGGAGCAUCUUAGAAGUAGCUGAGCGGAUUAGUGGAUCUUUGCCUACUUAUCACCCUAAUGUACUUCUUACCAAUAUAAGUUCAGGCAACUGGAAACGUGCUUAUGUAGCUGUUAAGCAUCUUGUUGAAUGGCUCAUUUCUAAUUAUGAUCCUAUAAAGGCACAGAUCAGCAAAAGGAAUGGUCUUCCAAGUAUUGUAUUGUCAGAUUAUCUAGAAGGCCGUCUGUCAAAAAGUUCCCAAGAUAAGGGAUUCAAUUGGAGCGGGGAUGUUUCUUCAAUUGCAUCAUUUUCACAGGCUCAAAGUAGCUCGAUCCAGUUUUCAUAUCAAUCGGAUUCCAGUGCUGAAAAUAAAAGCAGUUCCACCUCAACUAGAUCUGAGCUUAUUGGAUUUAUUCAAUCUUUAGAGAAAUUUCCUGAUUUACCAUGUUUGACCAACAUAGAAAGGACAGAGAUUCUCUCGAUCAUUGAUCUUCUCAGUGAAGUUAGUAAUCUAGACUCAUCUUCUGCAUAUCAAAGUCUUGAUGAACCUGGGCGAAGGUUUUGGGUUGCGCUAAGGUUUCAGCAACUACUUUUUCAAAGAAAAUUUGGUAGAGCUGGUUCUGUCGAAGAACUGUUCAUUAACUCAAGGUUGUUUGUAUGGGCUUACCACUCUGAUUCUAAAGAAAAUUUAUUUGGUUCAGUCGUACCCAAUGAACCAUCGUGGCAAGAAAUGCGUGCUUUGGGUAUGGGCUUUUGGUAUGCUAACAUACCUCAAUUACGCGCAAGGAUGGAGAAAUUAGCAAGAGCACAGUAUUUGAAGAACAAAAAUCCUAAGGAUUGUGCAUUGCUGUAUAUUGCAUUGAACAGAAUUCAAGUUUUGGCUGGCCUUUUUAAAAUCAGUAGGGAUGAGAAGGACAAGCCUUUAGUGGCUUUUCUCUCGCGUAAUUUUCAGGAUGAGAAAAACAAAGGCGCUGCUUUAAAAAAUGCUUAUGUCUUAUUGGGAAAACAUCAGCUGGAAUUGGCAGUUGCUUUCUUUUUGCUUGGAGGUGAUCAUUCUUCUGCUAUAAAUGUUUGUGCUAAGAACCUUGGGGACGAACAGCUUGCACUAGUCAUUUGUCGCCUUGUUGAGGGCCAUGGCGGGCCAUUAGAGCGUCACCUAAUUACUAAGUAUAUAUAUCCGUCUGCAACCGAUAGAGGAGACUACUGGCUGGCUAGCCUUCUGGAGUGGGAAAUGGGUAAUUGCUAUCAAUCUUUUCAUAGAAUGUUAGAGUUUUCAGUAAACAAUGCGGCUCCAGAGUCCACCAUCAAGUCCAAUUCUGGUUCUUUUCUGGACCCUACUGUUGGAUUUUAUUGUCAAAUGCUUGUAACAAAGAAUAGCACGCGAAAUGCUGUAGGAGAGCAAAAUUCUGCCGUUCUUUUAAGGUGGGCAACUUUGAUGACAGUUACUGCCUUAAAAAGAUGCGGUAUUCCUCUUGAGGCACUGGAGUAUUUCACAUCUUCACUGAGCAUGCUUGGGACUGCAGAUCAAGAGAAUGAAUUGGGCGAUGUUCUAUCCAGUACAUUAAAGCCUUUGCCAAGAAAAUCCUCUAACUGGUUAUCUGCUGAUGUAUCUGUGCAUCUGGAGUUUCAUGUUAAAUUGAAUUUGGCACUUUGCUACUUAUCGAAACUGAUAAGAGAGCAUCCAAGUUGGCCUGACACUUUUACAGAAUCUGAUGGAGAUGCCUCUUAUUCUGAAGACUACAUGAUUCAAUACGAGAAAUCAAAUGAUAGUUUUAAACAAAAGUUACACGCAGGGUUUGAUCUUUUCGAACAAAGGUUUUCACUGACUCCGUGCUAUCUAAUCAGCAUGAUCUUACUCUUGCUUUCCCAUCAUGGACUAUGGUACAUUGGGUAUGAUGUAACCGAUGGCAGCACUCAAGGAGAACUGUUUCAAAAGAAGAGGGAUAGAUCUGAUGUUUCCAACUUAUCUCAUUCUCAGUUGUUCAAAUCCCUCUUUAAAACUGCAGAAGAAAUUUCCUUUUUGUACUCAAGAUUUUUUUCUGCCUGCGGUAUGGAAUAUUCUCAACAAAGUUCAACUCUUGAGAAAGAUGCUUCACAGUGUCACUUUGAAGGUCUUCUGAUUUCAUUGUGGUAUUUAAGAUCUGUUUUGAGGUGUCAAAUAAGGUCUAUUAGCAAAGAUCUUGUCAAAAAGCAUCUUGAAAUCAUUGAUUUAUUUCAAUAUUAUUUAUAUUUUUCAUUAGCUUGGCUUCAUAGAAACUCAGAAGCCCUUUUAUUUAUGGUGCAACCUUUCUUGAUUGCACGUGAUGGUUGCAAUCCUUAUGAGGUUGAUAUGGUGAAUCUGAAGAAGCUUAUCCCUAAAGUUGCGCAGUUGUUGGCUCAAAAUUCUUUCAUAACUAAUAUAGAAAACCUUCAAGUAUGUGCAGAGGAUAAACUAGGCGCAGAUAUAAAGUGUCCAGUUCCUGAUGAUGAAAGAUGGAAGAUUUUAGGGACCUGCUUGUGGCAGCAUAUGUCUAGAUUCAUGAUAUCUAACUUGAAUUUGGUUCUUGCUAAGCUUGAAGAUGAAAAUUUAUCUGGUUCUUUCCACAGAUAUAGGGAAUCUAAUACUCCUAGCAAUAUGAAUCAUUCUCCUAGAAAUAUGGAUUUCGAUAACAUAGACUUGCCAGAGCAGAUUCUAUUAGUCACAUUUAGCUUAUGUGAUUUACUGACGACAACAGUUACUCACAUUUCUUCUUAUCAUGUUAAACAACUUGCGCAAUUUUUGUGGCAGAAAUUAGAGAAUGAUUCAAAUGAUAUGACUCUUGAAUGGUUAAAACAAACAAGUCAAUCAGUAUCCAAUCAGCAUGAAGUCCCGGAUUUUUUGGAAUUGAUGAACAGGAAAGAUAACUCUCUAGUUCAUCAGUUGUUAUGGGAUCACUGUGCUAAUCCCAAAUUGAUACGUGACUGCUUUGCACAGGAAAAACUCAAUUGGUCAAAGGAUUUGAACCAAAAGCCUACUAAAGGGUGGAAUGACCUGUAUGCAAUUAUGACAGGAUUGUAUAAAACUGACGAAGUAGGAUCUCCAGUUAAAGGAACGUUUCCAAGUGGCCAUGCUUCUGCAAGAUCCAACCAGAAAGAUAUAAUUUGUGCAAAUAUUGAUGACUUUCAGAGUCCCAGAGAAGUUUACAAGAGAAAUGGAGAACUUUUGGAGGCACUGUGUAUUAACUCUACCAAUCAUCAGGAAGCUGCAGUUGCUAGCAACCGGAAGGGUAUAGUAUUCUUUCACUUGGAAGAUGAGAUUCCUUUUAGUGGCUCAGCAGACCAUUUGUGGACCAAGGCUGAUUGGCCACAAAAUGGAUGGGCAGGUUCAGAAUCCACCCCGGCUCCUACUUGUGUUUCUCCUGGUGUUGGCCUUGGGAGCAAGAAAGGGGCACACCUCGGUCUUGGUGGAGCAACUGUCGGUAUGGAUUCUUCAGCUUGGCCUAGCAGAGACUUGAUAGGCGGUGGAGCAUUAGGAAUGCCAGGUUAUGCUGGUAUUGGUGCCUCUGGAUUGGGUUGGGAAACUCAACAAGACUUUGAAGAUUUCGUUGAUCCACUUGCCACUUUGGAGAAUACAAGUACCAGGGCUUUUUCCAGUCAUCCAAUGAGGCCUUUCUUCUUGGUUGGUUCAAGCAAUACACACAUUUACUUGUGGGAGUUCAAUAAGGAGAAAGCUACUGCUACAUAUGGAGUGCUGCCUGCUGCCAAUGUCCCUCCACCUUAUGCUCUUGCGUCAAUUUCAGCUUUACAAUUCGAUCAUUUCGGUCAUCGUUUUGCCAGUGCUGCAUUAGAUGGAACCGUCUGCACAUGGCAGCUGGAGGUAGGAGGAAGGAGCAACGUUCGUCCAAUAGAAUCAUCCCUCUGCUUUAAUGGCCAAGCAUCGGAUGUCACAUAUGUUUCCUCUAGUGGAUCAAUAAUAGCUGUGGCUGGAUAUAGCUCUAAUGGUAUCAAUGUGGUUAUAUGGGAUACAUUAGCUCCACCUUCAACUUCUCGAGCUUCCAUUUUAUGUCAUGAAGGAGGUGCGCGCUCCCUUUCAGUAUUUGACAAUCAGGUAGGAAGUGGUUCUGUUUCCCCUCUUAUUGUAACUGGUGGUAAAGAUGGUGAUGUUGGACUCCACGACUUCCGCUAUAUAGUUACUGGGAAGGCUAAAAGGCAUAAGCGUUCUGAUAGCAGAGGUCCAAGCUCUCCCACAUCUUUGAAUUAUGACAAGGACCAUAAUGUAGAUGGGAUGCUUUGGUAUAUUCCAAAGGCACACUCAGGUAACGAGAGUUUAUCUUCAUUUGUAGUUAUGUUUUAUUGCUUAUCUAAUAAUCUGCAUAAUUUUAUGAUCUUAGGGAGUGUCACAAAAAUAGCUACAAUCCCAAAUACCAGCUUGUUUUUGACUGGAAGCACAGAUGGAGAUGUCAAGCUCUGGGAUGUUGAGAGCUCAAAGUUAAUACAUCACUGGCCUAAGAUACAUGAAAAACACACUUUUCUCCAGUCAGGCUCUCGUGGAUUUGGCGGUGUUGUUCGGGCUGCUGUUACGGACAUUCAAGUUGUUCCGCAUGGUUUUCUUACAUGCGGCGGGGAUGGAAAUGUAAAGCUUGUACAGUUGAAAAGUCACCUGCGUGGCUUCGGGGAUAUGUAAUGAUACAUUUGAGAUGCUUCAUUUUUAUGUUAAUCUCUACUAUUUGCACCAAAUGCCUCGAUGAAAGUGGUCAUCAAUAUGAGAUGGUUAAAUUUUCUUGUAUACUGAUUUCGACAACUUGCAUAACAAAAUAUGCACAUUGCUGAAGCCACCAUCAUCUAUAUUGAGUUACAAUUCUUGAAUAUCGCGUUCAGAUCUUCAAAAGGCAGAUCACAACUUCAUUCAGGACAGCAAAUAGUCCUAAACUUGGAAAAGCAUUUCACCCUGGAACUUGAACAUGUCAUAUGUUAGUUGACAUCGUUGCUAUGAGUUCGAAUGUUCAUUUUUUUUUUUUUUAGUUCUAGGCUUGUAGUCAUUCUUUCUGUAUAGUGUAAAAACAUCAAUCACAGGCCAGUAUUUAAUUCUAUGUUAUGAAAUAUACCUCGGGCCUGGCAAAAAUUUUGAGAAGUUUUAAUCUUGUAAUAUUUUCUGCUUUACCUGAAUAUUGUUCAGGUUUGUUUUGUGUA